AUGAUCGCACCUGAGGCUGAGAAUCCCCUUAAAAGAUGGCCCUCAUCCUGCACUGGUUUCCACCUCCGCGAUUAUCGGGAUAGUAUUGUCGGGGUUCCGCCCAUCGGUGGACAUCCUGAGAAGACAUGGACUGAUCAGGGAUCACGGUCACCCUGGCUCGGGAUCGGACUACUCAAGCGCAUGCCCAGGGCACGCGUUCUGUUGUAUAACCAUGGACCGUUGCACGAGAACGAUAGAAUCGAAGACCUCGGUCAACGACUUUUGAAUCAUCUCCUCCACGAACGCAAGUCAGAGAGCACUCGACGCCCGCUAUUCUUCAUGUGCCAUAGUACAGGAGGUCUUGUAGCAAAGGCAUGUCUCGCCUUAGCCUCACGGGCCGAGCCGAACCAGCAGACCAUCCUCACCAGCUGUUACGGUAUCGCUUUCUUCGCGACGCCUCACCAGGGCUCUAGCUAUUUGUCUGCGGAGGAGUAUUCCACAAGUAUACGUCGUCUUCUACAUCUGGAGCAGGAGAUACCCUCAGCGCUCCGAGAACAAUUCCGACCCCGUCAGGAGAGACUUUGGCAUUUGUCUAAUCAGUUCAAGACCAUUUCGGCAGACAUGAAGGUUUGGUCUUUUUUAGAGACUAUCGACUCGACGCUACACGUUCUGGACGUGGAAACGCAAAAUGUUAUGGUAUUCCAUGCACCGAUCACUUCCAUUCGAUCCGGACUGCUCACCAUCGAGCAUGAGAUCGAGCACCCUUUGGCUACAGAUCAUGCCGGCACAGCUUGCUUUCGAGGCCAAGCUUCCAGCCUAGAAAAGUUCCUGGUCGAGUUGAGUCAAUCAGUCACCGAUGCAGUGAGGCUCUCCAAGAAUAUAGAUACUCAUGUCAAUGUGGAGUCCGAUGUGAUAGUUCAAGUCAACGGGUUCUUCGAAGACACCGCGCUGGGUGUGAGUGAUGAGACUCCCUUGAAAUUAUGGACGGCUCGUGUUUCGCUAGAAGAAUAUCUCACCAAGGGUCCCUCGGAAUGUCUUCGGGAUCGGUUGAAACGUUCGCAGCCUGCUGGAUUAGACAACUCUUCCGUGAGCAGUUUUGACAGCCCUCGGCAUUCUUUUCCGCAUGUUAUCCCUAGUCCGGAAGAACUUGGACAUAAGCACGAUCAUAAUCAUGGCACUGCCCAUAAUGAAAGCGACGGUAGGCCCUUGAGGCCAACUCUUUCCCAUGGUGAAAGCUUCGACUCGGUGCACUCUCCAGCCAUCCAUAUCACUGUACCACACGAGUCGGAGUAUUUUGAGUCUCAUGAAAGCCCUCCGCCACCGGCUGAGCGACCUCGAAAUAAUUCAAUUACCCGAGCCUUAGGUUUUAACACACUGAAGCCCCACCAGCGACGUAUGUCCGACGGCAGCUCCUACACCAGCGGCUCGCGCCUAUCAAGCUCCGGGUCGCCUCAGCAACAGUCAAGGUUUCUGUCUAUCCCACCAUCCACCAGCGAUCGUAUCAACGAUCACGGGGAAACUCGGGACAUCCCUCGCUCCGUACCUCGCUUUGACCGGCCAGAGCCCGAUACGGAGAAGCUGCUCUGGAUUCACGUUCCCUAUACUCACACUGGAUGGGUGUCACAGGUGAUCCGAAGGGCAUGCCAUGAUCGACAGGAACCGAAUUUUCUGAGGAAAUUUAUCAAUGAUGAGAAUUGGUAUUUGAACCUUAACAGAGCUCGACAUCUUGAGCCGCAUGCACGUUUCGUUAGGCCGAAAUGCAUUCAUGCUCGACAGAGAGAUGCUUCUCAACCUAAUAAGUCAGGUACUCCAGAGGACCCUCAAUUGGCUCUUUAUACUCCAUAUCUUCACUGGGACACAUACCGAAACUUAAUCCAGCGCCGCAAAGUAGUCGAAGACAGACUUAAACAAGGACGGUCCCACCCGGUGCCAAGCAAAAUUGCAAAAUCAAGCCAAGAGGCGCAAUUAAUAUGGCAAUAUCUGGGCUGCGAACCACCGAUUCAUUUCCGUCGCACGCUAGACCAAUACGGCUAUCCCAACCUCCGCUCCACUGUGGCUCGAGAUGACGAUCAGAUGCUAUGGAAGCGUACCCGCCGACCUGUCCGUCUUGAUGACCAGCUGAGAAGCUAUAUGCAAGCCACCGAUGAGGACCCAGAGGAUCCAGAGCGUACCGUGUUUAUGGAUGGAAAUGUGCUCAUGGUAGAUCAGCUAUGGCUUUGGAUUGUCGACCAGAAGACCAUUGUCACAUUCUUCCCUAAUCAGGAGGCUACUACUUCCGAGGGUAAAUUGCUCGAACAGACGAAUCUGCAUAGUAGCAUCUAUAACGAGUUGAAUGGUGAUCUGGCACGCCGGUUUGAGACGGCCGGGGAUCUUGCGGCGCUUAUUAUGCUGCAUGCUGUGACUGUUCUACUUGACAAGACACUGCAUCAUGAUCUACAAGUCUUGCGAAUUUUUGAGGAGUCUAUUAGUAUUCUGACCGAAUCCGUCACCAAAUCCUUCAAACGCUUCCGCAACGGCGGCUUCACCAACGGCCCUGCAGACUACAAUCUCACGGCCUCGGGAAGACCAAUGUCGGCUAUCGAGCGCAACGAGCGAGAUCGGAAGAUAGCCCUUAGGAACCGCGAAGAUUUAUCUGUCUUGCUUGAGCUCCGUGAUAUAGAAGACGAGCUAGCCACUAUCCUUAGGCUUCUUGACCAGCAAGACGGAGUCAUCAAGAGUAUGAUGAAGUAUUUCGACAUCCAAGGCUGUGGGAAAGUCUUCCUCGACGCAGCUCAGCUACGAAUUGAUGAAUAUCGCACUCAGAUCUCAGAGAUGAAAGAGAACAGUCACCUUGCGCAGAAGGCUGUUGAGACUUUGCUGGAUCUUAAACAGAAACAGGCAAAUGUUGACGAGGCUAAGAUAGCACGGUGGCAGGCUGAGGCAACUCAGAACCAGUCACGAUCGGUCAUGGUGUUUACCAUUUUCACCGUAAUCUUUCUACCGUUAUCAUUCUUCACGUCCCUCUUCGGCAUUAACGCCAGUGAAUGGAGUGGCGUUUCGUCGAAUCUGACGCUAGUCGAAAUGCUAGAAAUAGCCGCCCCAGCUUCAAUCGCCAUAAUCGUCCUCUCUCUGCUCUUAGCAUUUAGUGAAAGACUCCGCCAAGCAAUGACCAAAUCCCAAAAGAUCAGCUAUGGGCUCUUCAAAGAUUUCUUCCUCCUCCCCAUCGAAAGAUUCCUACACCUAGAUACACUCUCUCAUCGAAUACCGUCAACGACUGUAUCAGAAGACUCGGCUAUGCGCAAGCGCUUCGACCAUUAUCUUGGUUACGAGAGUCAUAGCACGAAGCACUAUGAAGACUUUUGGCAGAUGCGGGAACAUGAACGAAGCCCACUUGCAAAACUUGAGCGCAAGGCCAAGAAGAAAUCUCACUCUCAUGAACUUGGCGAGGCAAUUGAGUUGAAGGUUCGGGGAAAAACGAAUAGGUUUGUUGUUUAA